AUGGCCAAGCUGUAUGCUCUUGUGUGCCUGGCUACAUCGGAAGUCCUCCAGCCUGCAGACCUGAGUGUGUGGUCAACUCUGACUGUAAUCUCAACCAAGCAUGUAGCAACCAGAAAUGCAGAGACCCUUGUCCAGGAACUUGUGGGGUGGGGGCAAGAUGUCAAGUCAUCAACCACAAUCCCAUCUGUAGUUGCCCUAAUGGUUUCACAGGAGACCCAUUUGUCAGAUGUCAGCCUAUUCGUAACUCCUCCACAGCAGGCCCCACCAACCAACCCCUGUCAACCUUCACCUUGUGGUCCUAACUCUCAGUGCAAAGUAUCUGGAGACAGUCCAUCCUGUUCUUGUCUGCCUAACUUUAUUGGAACACCUCCCAACUGUAGACCUGAAUGUGUGAGCAACAGUGACUGUGCCUACAACUUGGCCUGCAUCAACCAGAAGUGUGCUGAUCCUUGUCCAGGCACUUGUGGUACUAAUGCUGAGUGUAGAGUUGUCAGCCAUUCACCUCAGUGCGUCUGUGUAGUUGGCUACACUGGAGAUCCUUUUAGACAGUGUCUUCUCCAACAAGCUGAACCAGUCAAGGAAGUGUCUACACCAUGCACACCAUCGCCUUGUGGUGCCAAUGCAGUCUGCAGAGAACAGAAUGGUGCAGGAGCCUGCACGUGUCUACCUGAUUACAUCGGCAACCCUUACGAAGGAUGUCGACCUGAGUGUACUCUCAACACUGACUGUCCUUCCAACAGAGCUUGUAUCCGCAACAAAUGUCAGGACCCUUGCCCAGGAACUUGUGGACAGAAUGCUGACUGUCAGGUUGUCAACCACUUGCCAUUGUGUACUUGUCGACCUGGCUACACUGGAGAUCCUUUCCGUUACUGCAACGUCAUGCCUCCUCCACCUCCUGUACAAGCAGAGCCAGUGAACCCUUGCAACCCAUCUCCAUGUGGACCCAACAGCCAGUGCAGGGAAGUGAAUGGACAAGCUGUGUGCUCUUGUCUGCCAACAUACAUAGGCCAGCCUCCAGGCUGCAGACCUGAGUGUGUUGUGAGUAGCGAGUGUCCAGCCAACCGAGCUUGUGUUAACCAGAAAUGUGUGGAUCCUUGCCCUGGCACUUGUGGGCAGAACACUAGAUGUGAGGUGAUCAACCACAGUCCAAUCUGCAGCUGUAAUCCUGGCUUUACUGGUGACCCAUUUUCUAGAUGUUUCCCAGUUCCACCACGUAAGUUCAAUUAUUUAAAUGUCGUGAUAUUGGAGGAACACCAUCAUGUUCCUGCCUGCCUGAGUAUCAAGGAACACCUCCUAAUUGCCGACCAGAGUGUACAAUCAAUCCAGACUGUCCAAGCAACCUUGCUUGUAUGA